AUGUUAAUUACUCUUAUUUGCUUCGUGAUUGUGAUAGCACAGACCUGCGACUUGACUGUCCAUCUCGAGCCCCAGUCUGAAAUUCCUGUGCAUGCUCAAUUCACAUUCCACAACGGGACGAAUAGCGAAAUCAUGCUUCACAUCACAGACAUCAUUUGCAAUCUAAAACCAACUAUUCUCAAAACUUAUAACGAGCAUCCAGGUCCAGGAGUUGUUCCCAUUGGAGAGACUUUCGCCUUUUUGGAAGGAGCAGGAAAUUUAUCCUACUUGGUGCGUUGA